UCCACGGUGCCAUCCAUAAACAGCGCUUAGUAUUGUAGGGUAUAGGCUUGGAUGUAUCGGAUUAUAUAAAAACAAAUCUAACGCUAUGCAUGGUAUUAGCUAGAAGCUAUGUCUGUCCUGAAUUCCGACAGUGGAAGAUUUGUAAUUCCGGAUAAUUUCGUUUAUAAAAUGGCAUGGGAUGAGGAGGAUAGUAAAGAUCACCAGUUACUCAUUUUACAAAAAGCUGAUACGUUGGCAUCACAAAAUCGUAUAAAAGAAGCAAUUGAUUUGUUUUCAGUGGCGAUAAGGUAUGGACCUAUGAGACCAGAACAACUUAGCACUUUAGUGGACUGCGUUCUGCGGAAUUUCAAAGUGGAAUACGGUCCAGACACCGACAAGACAAUACAAUCGAAGGAGGACAUCCACAGGGAUGACCCUGGAGAUAAGUUUUGCUGUCCGGGCUGCCAUAGAUUUCUUAGUGAACCGAUGACUGUCGCUUGUGGACACACAUAUUGCAAACGUUGUUUGCAACGAGAACUGUUUUCAAAAUGCAAGCUCUGUAAUAAUGAUGUGGAUACGAGGUGCGGUUCGAGGCAACCACACAGAACCAAUGUGAUACUCUCAGGCCUCCUGGAAAAAUGGUUCCCCGAUGAGACAAACGUGUCUAAAGUCGUUUUGGAAAUUGAAGAACUGUCUAGAAGACGACGCUAUGAAGAAGCUUUGGUUCUGUCCAGUAAUAUGAUCAAGUCAGGUGAGGUCUUGGGGAGGAUAUGCAGAGCUGAGGCAUACGCUGGACUGAAACGUUACGAGUCGGCUCUCAAGGACCUGGAAGAGCUGUGUUUAAACUCACCCAACUGGCCUGAGGUGUAUUUCCAGAAAGGCAAGAUUCUCCAGAAGAUGGGCUGCACCACCAAAUCGCUGCAGGAGUUUCUCCGGUGUCUGGCACUAGACGGGGAUUUCACCCCGGCCAAAAAGGAAGUUGAAAAGAUUGUGUACGAGUUGGUGUCACCAGAUUGUGAGAAGGUGAAACAGGGCCUACAGGAAAUGGCUCUUGGCUCCUCCCCUGGACUGCACAGCAAAAUGCAGUUGGCUGACAGCCAAGGCGAAACCCCACCCGUCACACGCCUGUACCACAAGAAGAGGUGUGAUGCAGUGAGCUCGUCUGAGAGCAACGAGCAGGCUGGCCUCAGCCAGGUCGCCUUCCUGCAACCCCCUGGCCUUUUGAGGGGGUCGGGGGCCCAGGAGGGCCUGAGGAGGGUGCGCUCCACACCUCAGCUGGGCAGACGGGACAGAGGACCGGUCCCGUUAAAGAGGAAACUGUCCAUCUCCGAGGCCGAGCCCUCGGCUGUCCACAGAGCAGGGAGCAAGCACAGGAAGCUAGGAGACAUGGAGGCAGCAGUGGGCUUCACCCUUCCCCCCUGUAGAAAGGCUUCUGCUGUGGUAGUGGAGGCGAGUGAUUUGGAGUGCCCCCUCUGUAUGAGGUUGUUCUAUGAGCCGGUCACCACGCCCUGUGGACACACCUUCUGUAGGAGCUGUCUGGAGCGGUGCCUGGAUCACAUGACCCAGUGUCCUCUCUGUAAAGACAGUCUCAAAGAGUACCUAGCAACUAGGCAUUACAGCGUUACAGAAGUUUUGGACGGCCUGAUUAAAACACACUUGCCUGAGCAACAUUUGGAGAGACACAAAAUGCACUUUGAGGAGAUUGAGGGCAUCUCUGAUCCGACGAAGAACGUCCCGAUGUUUGUGUGCACUAUGGCGUACCCGACUGUGCCUUGUCCUCUGCACGUCUUCGAGCCCAGAUACCGCCUGAUGAUCCGCCGGUGCAUGGAAAGUGGGGCCAGUCGAUUCGGCAUGUGCAUCAGCGACCCGCAGAAAGGGUUUGCAGACUACGGCUGCAUGCUGCAGAUCCGGAGCACGCACUUCUUUUCCGACGGGCGGUCGGUGGUGGACACCGUCGGCUGGAAGAGGUUCCAGGUCAUGAGCCGGGGGAUGAGGGACGGGUACAACAUCGCAGACAUCCAGUUCCUGGAGGAUACGAAGGUGGACAGUGAGCAGGGACUGCUGAAACUGAGAGAGCUUCACGACCAGGUUUACCAGCAGGCCUGCUCCUGGUUCCAGAAACUGAAGAGCCGCUUCCGGGGACAGAUUCUGCAGCACUUUGGCCCCAUGCCCGAACGGGAGUCCGACAUACAGGCCACGCCCAAUGGGCCAGCCUGGUGCUGGUGGCUGCUGGCCGUGCUGCCUGUGGACCCGCGGUACCAGCUGUCUGUGCUCUCCAUGUUGUCCCUGAAAGAGAGGCUGGGGAAGAUCCAGCAGAUCCUCGCCUACCUGCAGAGCAACCACAACUAGUAGCGCCUCAAAUCCUCUCCCCAGUGCCAUCCAGGUCCCGCCCCCACUCUGGCUGCCAACCAAGCAGACUGCAGCGUGGAUCUCCUCUGUGGAAUUCUACAUUUUUAGCAACACUACAUUACCCAGAUGGCUGUGGCCUAUGUCUGUAGUCUUCACAAAGGUGAGCUGUUGCCUGCUCUUCUGUGUGUUGGGAUAGGACAUUUUUAAGCAAUUUCUGUGAAAUUCUGACAUUCUCAAAGGAACAAACUGAGACGUGCAUGAGAGGUGUAGAUGCUUCCUGUUUUUUUUUUUUGGGG